CACAGGAUGUCUGCGCCCCACACCACGGGAGAAAUGAUACUGUUGAGUCCCUCUGGGGAGAGAGGGCAGUCUAGAAAUGAAAUGAGGAAAUGUGAUUUUUGGCUGAGAAUUUCGGAGUAGAGCCUGUGGAGGGAUUUCUUUCCCUUGAAAGAAAGAAGAGGGAGGAAAAACAUCUUGGAUACGGUUGGGUUCUUCACCAGAGUGGUUCCAACAUGGAGAGACCCAACUCACGUGGGCCUGAAGCAGGACCUGGGGGCAGUGGGGAAUCCUGGGAAAGAACCAGACAUGAGUCCCUGAGUGUGGACCUUGACAGCUCGGACACACAGCGCCAGCGCUUCAGGCAGUCCUCCUACCAAGAGGGUGAAGGACCCAGAGGGGUUUGCAGUCGUCUCCACGAUCUGUGCCGCCAGUGGCUGAAGCCAGAGCAGCACACCAAGGCCGAGGUGCUGGACCUGGUGACCCUGGAGCAGUUCCUGAGCAUCCUGCCCCCAGAGAUGGGGAGCUGGGUCCGAGAGUGUGGGGCAGAGACCUGUUCCCAGGCGGUGGCCCUGGCGGAAGGCUUCCUCCUGAGUCGGGCCGAGGACAAGGAGCAGGAAGGACAGGCCCCUAAUAAUAACUCCAUGGAAGUCCCUGCACCAGAGGAAUCUCCACCAGACACCACCCAGAGUCUCAGGCAGAAGGAGCUGAAGCGGGAAGGAGACGGGGCUGCCGCCUUGCAGGGUGAGAAGGAACUCUUCUGGGAGUUUUGGGGUUUCAUGCUUUAGGGGGAUGAUAAAUAAAUUAAAUUAUUGUUGGACUUUUUGUUGUUGUUAUAUGUACGCAUUGGGUUGCUAACAGUGUGAUUUCAGUUUGAUUUGUAGUUUUCUUUCAUGCAAUAGGACUGAAAAUGGAGCCUUCAGUGUCUUCCCAGGUGGGACCCUAAGCGAAGAUGAGUCUUGAAACUGAGCUGGAAGACAAACAGACAGCAAAGAAUCACUUUAGUCAAUUGAAACACCAAGCCCAGUGCUAGUUUCAGUUGAACAUUCUCACAGCACUGCUUGCGAGAUAAAGUCCUAAACCCUCACAUUGUACAUCUUCUUGGGCUGUUGAAUGCGCCUGUGUUCUUAGGGCCGUUUCCUCAUCGGUCUCUUUAUAGGACUGCAAUGGUCACAUCUGAGGCCUGUUUCUGUGACCAGCUUUCCACCCCUUGCUCUCUCUCCAGGGUCUGGAAUGAUGCUGUUGCCGAAUCCUCAGUCGUUUCUCCCCCUUUGCGAUGGAGUGGGACUGAGUCAGUAGAUAACGGGGAGAAGAGCCAUGUAUGCACCAAAUACAGGAAGCAUUUUGGACACAACUGGGGCCUUCGUCAACAGCAGCAAGCCCACAGAGAAGAUGGAGGUUCUGCCAAAGAAAGGCCUGACAAAUGCAGUGUAUGUGGGAGGUGUUUUACCCAAAAUAUGGCACUUGUGCUUCACAAGACACUUGAUGUUGGGAAAAGCCAUCUUAAAGGGAAAGUAUCUGCAAAAUGUGUGGUGAAACACAAGAAAUUUCACACAGGUCAGGAACAAUACAGAUGCCAAGAGUGUGGGAAAUGUUUUGCUUCCAGUUCAGCCUUGGUGAGGCUCAAAAGACUCCACACAGGAGAGAAGCCACACCAAUGCCAGGAGUGUGGGAAAUGUUUUGCUGAAAGUUCAGCCUUGUUGAGCCACAAAAGAGUCCACACCAGGGAGAAGCCAUACAAAUGUGAGGAGUGUGGGAAAUGUUCUGUUUCCCAUUCAGACUUGUUGAAGCACAAAAGACUCGACACAGGAGAGAAGCCAUACCAGUGCCAGGAGUGUGGGAAAUGUUUUACUUGCAGUUCAACCUUGGUGAGCCACAAAAGACUCCACACAGGAGAGAAGCCACACCAAUGCCAGGAGUGUGGGAAAUGUUCUGCUUCCCGUUCAGACUUGUUGAAGCACAAAAGACUCCAUACAGGAGAGAAGCCAUACAAAUGCCAGGAGUGUGGGAAAUGUUUUGCUGAAAGUUCAGCCUUGGUGAGGCACAAAAGACUCCACACAGGAGAGAAGCCAUACCAAUGCCAGGAGUGUGGGACAUGUUUUGCUUGCAGUUCACACUUGGUGAGCCGCAAAAGACUCCACACAGGAGAGAAGCCAUACCAAUGCCAGGAGUGUGGGAAAUGUUUUACUUCCAGUUCAACCUUGGUGAGGCACAAAAGACUCCACACAGGAGAGAAGCCAUACCAAUGCCAGGAGUGUGGGAAAUGUUUUGCUUACAGUUCAGACUUGGUGAGGCACAAAAGACUCCACACAGGAGAGAAGCCAUACCUAUGCCAGGAGUGUGGGAAAUGUUUUGCUGUCAGUUCACACUUGGCGAGGCACAAAAGAGUCCACACCAGGGAGAAGCCAUACCAAUGCCAGGAGUGUGGGAAAUGUUUUGCUUACAGUUCAGACUUGGUGAAACACAAAAGACUCCACACAGGAGAGAAGCCAUACAAAUGCCAGGAGUGUGGGAAAUGUUUUGCUGACAGUUCAAACUUGAUGAGCCACAAAAGACUCCACACAGGAGAGAAGCCAUAUAAAUGCCAUGAAUGUGGAAAAUGUUUUACUCAGAGUUCAGCCCUUAACCAGCACCAGAGAACACAUACCGGCUAAAAAACAGCCAUUGUGUGUAAAUGUCUGAUUUCAAACUUUGAAAAGUUCUGCGUCAGAUUUGGUGGAGUCCCCGUUCUUGUCAUUUGAACCUGUAAGUUGGAGGUCUGUUCUCUGGAGCAGCAGAAAGAAAGCUCUGUGUGACAGUCCUUCAGAGCAGUGGUUCUCAACCUGUGGGUCCACAGAUGUUUUGGCCUUCAACUCCCAUAAAUCCUAACAGCUGGUAAACUGGCUGGGAUUUCUGGGAGUUGUAGGCCAAAACACCCGGGGACCCACAGGUUGAGGACCACUGCUUCAGUGUCAGUUCCUGGCAGGUGUAGGAGACAAAGAUAGGCUCACACAGCUUGUAGCUAUGGAAAACUUUAUUGAAUCCGCCUUGCCAAAAUGGCCGCAAAGCUUCUACUGCCCGUCUUCCGCUCUUUCCCCUCAGUAUAUUGGGUGGUUGCUUCCCUCCUCCCUUCACGUCUCUUCUUCUCCAUUCACACCUCCCUUUCCUUUUGUCCUUUCCCACGUUUGAAGACCAGACCCUGUCAUAAACCAGCCUUCCCAGCCAAAUGGUCUUCUUUAUCCGAUUUGUUGUAGUCAGGUGUGAAAAGGACAGCUUGGAGAAUGCUGAUCUUUUUGCAUCCUGACAUUCAGAGAGUUAAAUAUUAAGUUAAGUCUUGUCACCUCGUCUGAAAAGAAAUAAACCAUAAGUGAUUCCAUCACUUGUUCCUCUGGUCUUAGUUUCCAGCUCCAUUUCCACCUUGGUUUAAAUGUCCAGUUUGUGAACGUUGUGCCCCUACAGACACAUCCUCUGUUUUCCUCUUUAGUCAGGACUGGUCAGCUUGAAUAUUGUAAAUGGCCGUUAUGGGAGGGAUCCAGAGUUAGCCCCUUCCCUUUCAGACAGUGGCUCUCAACCAGUGGUCCACGGACUACCAGUGGUUCGCAAGAACUAAAAUACGGUCUGGCUUCUAACCUUCCCUUCCUUUGCUUUCUUUUUUCUAGCCCUUCCUUCCCCUUUCUUCCUUCUUUCCUUCUAUCCUUGUCUUCUUGUCCCUUCCUUUGCCUUUUCUCUUGCCCUUCAUUCCUUCCUUUUUCUCUUCCCUCCCUUUUCUCCCCUUUGCCUUUUCUCUUGCCCUUCUUUCCUUUUUUUCUUCCCUUCACUUUCCUUCCUUUUCCUUCUUUUCUCUUGCCCUUCCUUCCUUUUUCUCUUCUCUCCUCUUCCCUUCCUUUGCCUUCUUUUCUCUUGCCUUCUUUCCUUGCUUUUUCUUGCUCUUCGCUUGCCUUCCCUUCCUUUGCCUAUCAUAUGUUAUGGACUGGAGUAGAGUACAAUAUAUGUCUCAUUUGAUGCCUUAUGAACUUGAAUGCAAACUAUAAUUGUUUUUAUUAAUCUGUUUAUCCUAUUAUAUUAUAUUAUUGAUGUACUCUGAUUGUUGUUUAUGUGAGUUUAAUAUGUCGUAAGCCUCUUUGGGUCCAGUGAGGGAGAAAAGCAGGAUAUAAAUAAAGAUUCAUCAUCAUCAUCAUCA